AUGGAAUCAUGGGCGGACCAUUUCCCUCAGCUCGAGGCCCGAUCGCACUUCAACUUGACUCUCAACACUUCGGCCGUUCGUCAAGUUCCCUGGACACAAACAAACACGACAAGAACCCUUAUCGCAAGUCUACAGCUGCAACAAGUACAAACGCUCCGAACGACACAUCUUACCCUGGGAGCGUUUAGCCUUGCUUUGACAUUAUUGACGGUCCAUCGAAUUGUCUCAGACGCACGACGCGCAGCAGCUCUUCAGGUCCUUCCCAGGAAGAAGAGAUUCAAUGCUUUGCACAAUGUUCACCCUGCUGAAACUUUUCCACUCGCGUUGGCCUGCGGUGCCGUUCUACAACAAAUUAUCUUCGUAUCAGUGCAGGGCACUACACUCCAUAGUGUGUUUUCUAAGAGUUGUCGCGGACUGGCAAUGGUCACAUUCCCUGCUAUUUUUCUGAUCGGGUACAUCACCUUGGUUUUCGGCAUCGAAGUCGUGGUCAGAGCCUACAAACAAGACCGAUUCGCUCCACGCGGCAAGUGGAACACAACAAUAUGUGUCGCCGUCGUAUCGUUUAUGCUUCUGCUCACCUGGAUGCCAACUGUGGCCUGGCCAUCGCCAAACACUUGCUUUGGUGGCCUUAUCUGGUUUCCUAUGCGAUACGAUCUUCUCAUGUUGAUUUUUCUUUCUGUUCUUGUCUUCCUCUUGCUCUUGGUAGCCGCUUUGAUCAGUAUCCAACUGAUGAGAACACCCGAGAUCGAUCACAAUGAGCGUAUUUCAGCUUCACGCAUGACCUACUUUCUGAUUGUGGCUGCACUUAUUUACACUCUCGUCAUCCCAGUUGAAGUACAGUCUCUUCGACGAGAAUUUAUGGAAGCACUGGCCGCUUCUCGAAUCGCAGAAAUCUCGCUCUUCUCCUCAGGAAUGGUCAUCACCUUCUUCCAUCUCUUCCUUCGUACGAAUGCUACACGAAUGGUCAUCCGUCCCAUCGAAGAGCUCAAGGCUCCUGCGAAACAACAACGACCAAAAAUUCGAUUCUUCGGUCCUAGCGAUCUGGAAAUGCAGAUCAGCGGCCCGAUGGCACUACAAACAACUCAUCGUCUACACAGCCAACAGGGUCUGAUCGAUGUUGGGCCGGAGAAGAACCGUGGGGACUUUGAUGCCGAGUACUUUGAACGACCCGAGCGGGCUUUGACGCCGGCAUCGACCAAACCUGGAAGCCCGAUCGAUCUCACAAAGUGGCCUCUACCACCUGCUCUUGACAAUGAUGCUACAACACAUGAACGCAAGCAAAGUUACUCUCUUUUCCCCACACGCGCGGAAGAGGUACCUCGCCUUCCUCCAACUGUCUACGAUCCUAAAGCUACAUCAGACGGUUCCUCGGUUUCUAAACUCGCCCUACGGCGCUUCACACGACGAGGCUCGGUUACCAACGUCAGCGAUGCUUUCGACUUUCUCAGCAAGCCAAAACUACCAUUUGCGGAACGGCACCAACGCAUGCAAAGUACAGAUAGUAGCGCAACAGUUCAGAUUGGUCUCCGCUUCUCAGUAGCGCCUGCAACGCUUGCAGCAGCCAAAUGUACGCGAGCCGAACGAGAUACACCACCGCUAAAACGAGGGGUCACUGAUUCAAGCGAAGAUUCAUUAGGCCUCCCGAUCCAGAAGCCCUCUACGACAGGCAUAUCACCAUCUGAAGAGAUGCCUAGCCCGAGCACGUUUCCCCAACCACCCCCGCGUGGUGACUCGCCAACUCGGCCCAGGGCUAACAGCCCGGGACGGACCCCAGCCUUUCCUCUCACGCCGUCAGCUCAGUCCAGCGCCUAUCUCCAGGCUCAGCGCGAGAAGUUGCUACCCUCCCCACCACCGAAAUCACCAAACCCACCUCCACGCUUCGCAACCCCGACACAACCUGUCGUCCCCGCACCUGCAUGCAUAAGCGGACUGCGGAUGAACCCUGUGACACCCGUUGCAUCAGUUGGUUCACCCACUACAGCAUCACAACCAGCAACGCCCGUGUCGGUUGCCAACCUUGCACGAUCAAACAGUGGCCGUGCAUCCCCGUCACCCACAGCCCGCAUCCCACUUGGGGCAGGCACAAUGUCUCGCACUCCGCGACCCAAUGGCUGGAUCUGA